AUGGAUUACGCCACCGCUGCCAAAGAAAUCGUGAAAGCAAUCCAGAAAGCGGAUGCCGAGAUGAAGAAAAGGAUAAGGAAAAUGAUGAAACAAAGAACAUUGGAGGAUGUUGCGGUAUUGCAGACUAUGCUGGAACGAGUAUCCGAGUCCUCCAACAAACAACUCAAGAUAGAUUUCGAGAAGCACCGUAUCCCAGAACGUCUCAAAAAAGUUGCCUCAUUGGUGACGAAUACUCACUAUCACGGUUUUGCUGGAACACAGGGAGAUGGCACGCGAUUCACUCUCUUCACGUGUUUAAGAAACGAAGGCUUUUGGAUUGAGAAACAACGAGCUGCAUGUGGUGCAGGAGCAGUUGCAGGGUUGCUAUUACUUGGCGGACCCACCAUUUACAUGGGAUUCAUAAUCGCGGAUAUGCAGAAACAUUUGGGAGAGACUGAAACGGAUUUGAAAUUUGUGGUGGAGGAGAUUGAGAGUAUCUACGAUCAGACGAAUUCACUGAUGUUGGCUAAUAUUGUUUGA